AUGAACCUCUAUACGAUUAUAUUGCCGAUGAUAAUCGCGAUUAUCAAUCUCAUUGGAUUUAAAGUUGCAGCAGAAAGUGAUCAAUCCAAUUUAAGUUUCGCUGAAAACCUAUAUGCGACACUAUCGGGUGCUUGUCGAGCUAUAUUGGACCUUCAGGUCAAUUCGAUGAACAGUCAAAAUGCAAUUUUAAAAACUAUGAAAGUAAUUUAUCUGAAUGACACGGACAUAAAAACAUUUUCCAUCGAUAAAAGCUUCCAGACUCUGACACAGCCCGGCGUGUUUGACAUAACAAAACAAACAAAAAUUAUUAUUCACGGCUACCGGGACAAUUCGCAAUCAUCAGUGUCGUUAGAUUUAGCUCAAGGCUAUAAUGAAAAGAAAAUGUUUAAUGUGCUUCUAGUGGAUGCUGAGGAAAUGAUGAAUCAAAGGUACAUACUAUCAGUGCACAAUGCUCGUCUGGUGGGCAAGAGGCUUGCCAACUUGCUAGCUAAUUUAGAAAAUUUUGGAGCCAGUGCGGAAGACUUUCACAUUCUUGGGAUAAGUUUAGGAGCACAUAUAGCAGGAUGGACUGGCAAAUACUUCCACCGAUACAGGUCUCGCACGAUAGGCCGAAUAACAGGCCUAGAUCCCGCCGGACCUUGUUUCUCUUUCGCGUAUGCUGAUCAAAGACUGGAUAAAAUGGACGCUAAAUACGUCGAUGUUUUGCAUUCGAAUAGAUUAGUGCAAGGAGUGAUCGAGCCUUUAGGUCAUUCUGAUUUUUAUAUAAAUGGAGGUGGGCCUCAACAGCCGGGAUGCGUUAUGCCGUCAUGCAGUCACUUAAGAGCAGCGCAAAUUUACGCUGAAAGCAUAAGAAUACCUAAAUCGUUUGUGGGCAUCCGAUGUCAAAGUUGGCAGGCAUUUGAGGCGAAUGCAUGCAAAGAUAAAAACUAUGCCGUUCUUGGAUAUGGUUCCUCGACCUCGACCCGUGGGCUUUAUUACUUAAGGACAACGGCCAGUUCCCCUUUUGGCCUCGGUAUGAACGGCACUAAACAUGUAGGUCCCCCACAAGACAAUAAUAAUUGGUUAAUGAAUUUAAGUUACACAUAG